AUGCCAACAGCAAUGCCAACACCCUCUCGCCACAGCCGCUACUCCACCACUGACACCGCCACCAGCGACAACGACAAUGACAUCCCCACCCUCGACACCCAACUCCCCCCCUACGAACCCCCCCUCGCACCCCUAACAGCAAACUCCCAACACGCCCUCGCAAACCUCGCCCAAUCGCACAAACUCAAAGCCCUCCAAACACAUAUCACGCACGCAGUCGAAAAACUGGGUGACUCGGCGGCGCAGGUUAAUGAGCGAUUGACUGAUGCGAGGGAGCGGUAUACGAGGUAUAUGGCGAGGAAGCGAUCCAGAAGCCAGUAUGAGAAUGAUGGUGAGGUAGAUGACGAUGGUGGAGAUGAAGAGGAUGAAGAAGUCCAGCGCAUCAAAAGAACAGAAGAACAAGUCCACGCUAUAACCGAGAAACUCGAGUCUGAAAUGCGCGGCAUCGUCGAUACAGAAGUCAAAGCCGGUGGACUUAUCUCCAUCCUCGCAGACCUUGGCAAAGAAGCAGAAACCGCGUCGACGACUACACAGCGCCAACAACCCCGUAACACGCGGCGAAGACGAAACCCCAAUCCUGACUCCGACGAAGACGAAGACGAAGAAGACGAAGACGAAGAAGACGAAGACUACCAAGAAACCCAACAACAAGCCGUCGAACCACCCAGCCAAAAACUAACCCACCAACUCACAACCGAAACCCAAAACUGGAACACCCUCUCCCUAACCCAACGCUACUCCACAAACAACACCUACAUCGGCUUCUACCGCAUGGUCCACGACGCCAAGCACCCCGGCGACGACAUCCCCCCUCUCCCACACGCCUCAACCUGGUUCAGACACCUCGAAGAUCCAUCCACCGCCGCAGCCCCUCCACCAUCCCAGAGACCGCAAACACGCCGGCACCAAUCCACACCGGCUGAGGAUGAUGAAGAUAUUGCUAUUGAAAGCGAGCGUGUUUCGCUGAAGUGUCCGUUGACGCUGCUUACUUUCCAAGAACCGUUGACGUCGAGGAAGUGCCCGCAUAGUUUUGAGAAGCAGGCGAUUAUGGAUAUGGUUGCGCAUAGUCCGAUGAUGGUGCCGGGUGAUGGUGGGGAUCGGAGGAAUCGCGUCCGUGCGGUCAAGUGUCCGGUUUGUUCGGUUGUACUGACGCAGGAGGAUUUGAAGAGGGAUGCGGUUUUGGAGAGAAGGGUUAGGAGGAUGCAGAGACAGCAGGAGGAGGAGGAUGAAGAUGAGGAUGAGGACGAGGAUCGGGGAGAAGGCAAUCGGAGGAAGAGAAGCAGGGCUCAGCGAAAAUCCGGCAUUACGGUUGCUAGUGACGAUGAAGAUGAUGAUGACGAUGAUGAUGAUGAAGAAGUAGAAGAAGAAGAAGAAGCGCAGCCUGUUCGGGUCAAGCAAGAAAAGGCCAUGUCUCGUGCUCCCAGUGCUCUUUAG